UCUCUCUGGUCUCUUCGACUCUUCUUCUUUUUCUUUUUCUUCUUCUUCUGCAGUUCUGUUUCAUCUCUUCCUCUCCCCAUCUUUUUUUCUUGAUUCUUCCUCCCCAAUUCUCAUUCUGUAGUUCUCAUCAGCAGACUACCGCCGAAUUUCUUCUCGCAAGCCUCUAAAUUCCGACGAUCGGAGUUCCUAUAUACCUACCGAAACCGAUCGUUUACUCGGUAAACCGGAUUUCGGUGCGCUAAUCUUGGUAUUGGCCGAAGGAGUACUGGCAUUAGCCUGCAGGCGCUGGAUUGAACUACUCAGUACAUGUGCGUUUUUGUAGCACAUUACUUUAACUAAGUUCUCUACAAUCUUUUUCAUCUAUGCAUUUUUUUCUAUUGCAAUAACGAAGGAGCUACGAUUGAUUCAUAGAUAUAUGAAUGUAUAUUUGUCUCAAUACAUCUGUGCAAUCAUUCAGAUCGAUAUUCAACUCAAGAUUCAGGUUUUGGUAAACGUACUCUCAUGAUAAUCUUUCAUUGCCGGCUUACUUUUCAGUUUAUCGAUCUAUUAAACUGUGGAAUAAAUGGCAAAAGAUAUGACUGAUUCGUCGUCCUGGGUUCGCCUCAAUGUCGGAGGAAAACUUUUCUGCACUACUAUUGGUACACUGACUCUCCGCGAGCCUGAUUCAAUGCUUGCUGCAAUGUUUAGUGGUCGUCACACUUUGAAGCAUGAAGAUGGAUAUGUUUUGAUUGACAGAGAUGGUGAUUAUUUUGGGGAUAUUCUUAAUUGGUUAAGAGAUGGCGACGUUCCUUCUUUAGAAGCUCAUGCAUACAAACAACUUCUAAAAGAGGCAGAAUACUUCCAGCUAAGUGGUCUAAUAGAUGGAAUACAGAUCAGUGACUUUACUCGUAUGGAGGUCAUAAAAUGUAUACAAUCGCCAGAGAAAAGGUUUCGAGGUGUUAAUCUUUCUCGCCUGGAUCUAUCAAAACUGGACUUGUCAGAGAUAGACUUCAGCUAUGCAUGUCUGCGAAAUGUAUCCUUCUCAUGUGCAAACCUUUAUCAGGCUAAAUUUUGGAAGGCAGAUAUUGACGGUGCCACAUUUUGUGAUUCAGAUUUGCGAGAAAGUGUAUUUACUGAAGCAAAAAUUGGUGGAGUCUCUUUUGUUGGUGCAAAUCUUGAACACACAAAUUUUAGUCGCGCGAAUCUUGAGGGUGCCACAUUUUGUGAUUCAGAUUUGCGAGGAAGUGUAUUUACUGAAGCAAAAAUUGGUGGAGUCUCUUUUGUUGGUGCAAAUCUUGGUGCAAAUCAUAAAGACACAAAUUUCAGUCGUGCGAAUCUUGAACGCACAAAUUUCAGUCGUGCCAAUCUUUCUGCAGGUAUUGAUCUUUCGAAGUUGGACCUAAAUAUGACAAACUUUUCCAAUGCACGUUUAUCAAAUGUGCAAUAUAUUGAGGUCGCUUGUCCUCUGCCGCCGACGCGUGUCAUCUUUGACAAUGCAACUUUGGAGAAAUGUGAAUUUGUCAAGUCAAAUAUCCAGGGAGCUUCUUUAAGAAGUGCAUGUUUAAUCAAUUGCAGCUUUGUUGAGGCAGACUUGAGUAAUGCAAUUCUUCAAGAUGCUGAUGUUACAAAUACUGACUUAGAGGGGGCCAUACUGAAACAAGCCAAUAUGGAGGGUAUCAAGUUGAGUAAUACUAAUUUGAAAGGUGCAAACCUUGUAAAUGCUUAGUUACCUGGAGUGGAUCUCCAAGGAGCUUGUUUGGAUCGUGCAAAUCUGGAUGGAGCCACGCAGCCCACGGUUUUUCAUGAUCCUCCUCAUUUCUAAUGAUCCAGGACUACCAGCUAUCACAUAGGAACCAUUACAGGCUAUAACAUUGUCACACCUAGAGAACAAUAACGUACGACUUGUUUGGACUGAAUGGAAGUGUGCUACUCUUCAUUUUCAUGUGUCAUUCAUUUUUUAUCGUAUUUAUUGGACAGUUUGAUUGGCAGCAUCUAGUUUUUCUUUUGAUCAAAAGCAUGAUAUAGAUCUUUUAUAUCCAAAUGUAUGCAGGCAACUUUUGUUGUCUUUGAUCUUAAUCUUUAACGUAUAUUUCCAAUUUUUCUUUCUAGCAGUUGAUCGUCCUGUUUUGGUCUGUUCUAAUGCAGUCUUCCCAUGUAUGA